AUGACUGUGUAUGACCAUGGUUAUGAUGGUUAUGACUACGACCAUGACUACGACCAUGACUACGACCAUGACUACGACCAUGACUACGACCAUGACCAUGACUACUGCAAGAUCUCACAACCUACGCUUCCCAUUGGCAAUCUUCUUCCUCGAUACACUCCCUUCUCCCUCCAACGUAGCAUCAUCCUCAUCAUCCCCCUCGGCCCCAUCGGUCCCAUCUCAGGAUAUCCCUCCCAUACUUCCAAACUCUGGCUGGCUUCGGAACCCGCGACCUUGUCUUAUGCGGCAAUUGCUUGCGAGAAGCCCCCCGGCCCCCUCCUCAAAGGAAACUAA